UUUAUCCAUCACUACAUUCCAUUUUAGACGAAAACAACAAUUUAAACUCCUCUUCUCUUCUCUCUCUGCACAAUGGCGAAUCUGACCUUAGAGCUCAACAUCUACUCUGCAAAGGAUCUUGAAAAUGUCAACCUUAUCACCAAGAUGGACGUAUACGCUGUCGUUUGGAUCAACGGCGAUGAUUCUCAGAAGAACCGCAAGGAGAAAACAGCCGUUGACCGAACCGGAGGAUCUGAGCAUACGUGGAAUCACGCCGUCAAGUUUUCCGUCGAUCAAAGGUUAGCACGUGAAGACCGCCUGACCCUCGUCGUGAAACUGGUAUGCGAUCGGAUGUUCGGCGGCAAAGAUCUCGGAGAAGUCCAAGUACCGGUUCUUGAAAUGCUCAGUACUUCGCCGUCAUUUAACGGCGAUGGUAACGGAAACGGAAACGGACAAGGGAUGAGAUUUGUAACGUAUCAGGUGAGAACUCCCUCUGGGAAAGGUCAAGGUUCCUUAACUUUCUCGUACCGGUUCGAUGUGCCUUCGUUUAAACCGGAUUUACCUGUACCACCGGUUCUACCGAGUCCGAUUGAUACAACGCCUGAUCUUCCGCCGCCGCCGGCGAUCUAUCCUCCGCCGUCUGAAGCUGGUUUCUAUCCAUCGCUAUCUUCAAUUGGAUAUCCUCCGUCGUCUCAGCCGCAAGUAUAUCCCGCGCCACCGUGUCCGUACCCGUACCAGCAGCCGGUCACCGCUUACCCACCGUCUUCAUCCACCUCGAAUCUCUAUCCGCCGCCGCCGUCUUACGGUUCUUCUCCGCAGCAUCAUUCCAACGUGUACCCACCGCCGUCUUACGGUGGUUCUCCGCCGCAUUAUUUCAAUGUGUAUCCGCCGCCUCCCGAUAAACCGGGUCAUUCGUACCACCAAAUGCAACCGUCACACUCGUUUCACGGGUAUGCGCCGCCGCCUCCUGAUAAACCGGGUCAUGCGUACCACCAAAUGCAGCCGUCACACUCGUUUCACGGGUAUGGGCCCCCGUCUCCACAGACUCAGCAUGGGUAUUGUUAUCCGCCGCCGCCGGGAUACGGGCACGGUCAUCCACCGACGCAAACGCCGCCGAGGAAUAAUAAGCCUGGGCUUGGGCUUGGAAUGGGAGCUGGGCUUUUGGGAGGAGCAUUGGGUGGGCUUUUACUCGGCGAUUUAGUGUCCGACUUGUGAGACCUGAGAAGAUAUGUUUUCUUAAUUAUUUUUUCGUGUUGUCAAUAAUUCCAGUUGCGUGACAUGACAUAUACUUGGUUUUGUUUUUGUUUUUGGUGGAGAACUCGUCUUCUUUUCUGUAGAUUGCAAUUGUCAAUGUGCAUACAAGUCAUAGGAUAUACGACGACCCUUUUUUUUUGUGCAACA